UUAUAUUAUCCCGCGUUGCUUCUACCCCCUCCCCUUCCCCAUUCCCUCUCACGUUCCCCUCAAUUUCCACGAAACCCUAGCUUUGAACCCCUUCUCCUGCUUCAUUGCUUCCUCCGCCGCGCACCCAGGAGCCCGAUCCCACUCUUCCUGCUCAAUUUGAUCCGAAAAUGGCGGUUUCGGCGUUUCGAUCGACCUCGAAGAGAGGAUCCAACGCUUCUCCUUCUCGCAGCGCGUUUUCUCCCUCAAAGGAGCCAGUUUUAGCCGAUUCGAGGGAGAGGAUCCCUCCCCGGAGGUCCCGGAGCGUCAGCGCGGCGCCGAGAAGGUGCCCCGACUCGUCCCCGACCCCGCCCGCCGUGUCGGAGUACUCGAACACCCGGAACAAUCCCCUUUUCGGGUGCCCGAGCUCCUCCUCGUCGUCGUCGCCGGAGUCGGAGAGCAGGGUGGGGACUGCUAAUGGGGGAAUUGAAGCUUCUAGCAGUAGCAGUAGAAGGGGGAGGCCAGUGUCGAAAGAGGAAUCGGGGAAUCGGAGAAUUCGCUCGGUUUCGAGAGGACAUUAUGGGUAUUCUGAGCAGAGUGGGGUAGAACAUGGGUACAGGUCAUCUUCAAGUGUAAGAGACAAAGAGAUUGAUCAAAAGGCCAAUAAUGGAUUUAGUUUAUCGGAGCCGAACAGGAAAUUGGAGACAUGGACUAGUCGGCAUCUGGUAUCCGAUUCGUCGGAUGCAUCUAGUUCGUGCACGCGAGGUCGGCAUUGGGAGGAUGGGGUGUCUACAAGUUGUUCGUCAGAAGAAGCAACAAACAGAAAUAAUGGCCAUUACUUUCAUGAUGCUGAAUCAGGAGAUAUAUAUGAAAUUAUCCGACCAGAAGUACCGCAUGCUAUUUCUGAGAUUAGAGACGACUUUGAAAAUGCAAUCCAGAGAACAAGUCCUGCGACAACAGCUGCCAAAAAUAUCAUUGAUAUACCUCUUGAAUUGAACCAUGGAGAAAUUGAGCUAGUCUCCAACAUCAGAAGGGAGUAUGCUACAAAGCUUGAACAGACUCAGGAACGUGCGCGGAAAUUGAGGGCUGAUCUGGCUGUUGAAGAGCAGAGAGAGCAGGAACUUAGUAGAAUACUGAAGGACAUUCUACCGGUUCAGAAAAGUUCUGAGACAUGUAGAGGUCGGCCAAAAAGAAAGGCAAGUGUAGAACGAGUUAAGAUGUCUAGGCGCUUGGCAGAGGAAGCGAUGAAUUAUUUCGAGGAAUGUGUUUCAAUUUCGACUUUUGAUAGUUCUGACCUCUCGUCUUUAGAGGAUCCACAACCGUGUUCAGUUGAUGGCAUCCAACCUAUGGGCAACAGUAGAUUCUUCCACAGUGAAGGCUCUACUAUUUCGGCAUCCCACUUCCCCGGCAAUCAACCUAAUCCGCAUGAGGAUUCUGACAAUCAAACACAGUGCUCAAUUACGGUCACGGACUUGGAUACACCACGAAGCGGAAAGUCUCGCUUCUCGUUCUCGCAUCAAUCAGAUCAAGAUUUCGAAGUUCAUGACAUAAGAAACUAUAUAAAGAAGUUCGAGAAAGACAUCAGCAAAGAACACAAAGAGAAUGUUAAAGUAAGAUCAAGCUACAAUUCAGAUGAUUAUGUUUCUACAAACUCGGCGGAAAGCUUGCUGUCUGACGUAGUGAUCCUGAAGAACAGAAUAGAAUCUGGAGGUCUACUUCUUUGCAAUAUUAGAAUUUUCUGACCAUAUUUAUACAAUGUGAUGUUUAUACAUAGCAACUCUUUGUCGCUCAAAUUUUCGUGGAGUCUGAAUAUUUUCAUGGUGCGAUUUUAAGUGAAUUCUGAACCAUAGAUAUGAAAACUUACAAGAAAUGCUUUGCUCAUGUACUUAAAUAGAUAAUAGUUUUUCUUUUUGUUUAUGUAAUAUACUUUUCUGCUUCUCUUA